UUGUGGGACAUCAGUGAGCCCGCCGCACCCGCCGCGCUCGACCCGCUCGCACAGCUCGACUGCCUGGUCAGUGCAGCAGCACGCACAUUAUAUAGUGUACAACACGCGAGGUGGUGUGCGCCGUGGCGCUGUCGCACGCGCCCGCGCGCCGCGCCUACACUGGCGGCAAGAGCUGCGUCAAGUUGUGGGACAUCAGUGAGCCCGCCGCACCCGCCGCGCUCGACCCGCUCGCACAGCUCGACUGCCUGGUCAGUGCAGCAGCACGCACAUUAUAUAGUGUACAACACGCGAGGUGGUGUGCGCCGUGGCGCUGUCGCACGCGCCCGCGCCGCGCGCCGCGCCUACACUGGCGGCAAGGGCUGCGUCAAGUUGUGGGACAUCAGUGAGCCCGCCGCACCCGCCGCGCUCGACCCGCUCGCACAGCUCGACUGCCUGCAACGAGACAACUACAUCCGGUCGGUAAAGUUGCUGCCGGACGGGCGGACGCUGAUUGUGGGCGGCGAGGCGUCUAACCUGUCCAUCUGGGACUUGGCGUCGCCCACGCCUCGCAUGCGCGCAGAGCUCACCUCCUCGGCGCCCGCCUGUUAUGCGCUCGCCAUCAGCCCCGACUCCAAGGUGUGCUUUAGUUGCUGUUCAGAUGGCAACAUAGCUGUUUGGGAUCUCCAUAAUCAAACAUUAGUUAGACAAUUUCAAGGGCACACGGAUGGCGCGUCGUGCAUCGACAUCAGCCCGGACGGCACGCGGCUGUGGACGGGCGGGCUGGACAACACGGUGCGCUCGUGGGACCUGCGCGAGGGCCGCCAGCUGCACCAGCACGACUUCUCCAGCCAGAUCUUCUCGCUCGGAUACUGCCCCACAGGGUCGUGGCUGGCGGUGGGCAUGGAGAACUCGCAGGUGGAGGUGCUGCACUGCGGCAAGCCGGACCGCUACCAGCUGCUGCUGCACGAGUCGUGCGUGCUGGCGCUGCGCUUCGCCGCCUCGGGCCUCUGGUUCAUCUCCACCGGCAAGGACAACCUGCUCAAUGCCUGGCGCACGCCCUACGGCGCCAGCAUCUUUCAGUCAAAGGAGUCUUCAUCGGUGCUUAGUUGUGAUAUAUCGUCGGAUGAUAAGUACAUAGUGACAGGCUCUGGAGACAAGAAGGCGACAGUGUAUGAAGUGAUAUAUUAA